AUGCUCGGAAGACGCAUGCACUAUGUGAGGUAUGUAUGAAGGUCUAUUUUUCUAAAAAUGAGAAGGAAAUGUUAUAUUGCUUUUGAUUUCCAGGAAGAUCCAUAUCCGACCAUGUUCUGCAACCCCAGUCAUUGACUCUUGGGCCAUAUCUGGACAAUAUUGUGGAAAAACAAAUUUUCUUCAGCCCCAUCCAUUGACUCUCCGGCCAUAUUUGGACAAAAUCGUGGAAAAAAUAAAAUAUAUUCUUCAUAAAAUGUACGUCAUUUUACAAUAA